AUGGACAACCUCCCGCUCGAAACCCUGCAACGAAUAUUCGAGCUUGCAUGCACUGAUGGCGGAUAUACCGGCACUUCCCUUUCGCUCGUGUCAAAGGGCAUCCGCGCAGCAGCACGCGCUACGCGCUUCCACUCCAUCUCCCUUAUCGCCAGCCCCCAUCGCCUCCAACUAUUCGUCGCACUAUACGAACGUGAGUGCGCCCCCGCGCUCGGGGACAGGCCUCGCAUCCGGCACCUCCAUGUGGCAUUUCCCGUCGUAGAGUUCCCAGCUGGACCCGGGUACACUACUAUAGAUGGCGCCGCAGCAUCCUGGCCUCUGGUACACACGCGUUCGCUCGAGCCAGCUCCGAGUCCAUUAGCAAAAGGCAACGCGUACUACCCCGGCGGGAUUUUGGUUCCAGGACCCUAUCAACCCCCUCAGCGUGAGGUGCGGCCCAGUAUAUGGAAGAAAUCAAGUCUAGCUAUCUCUCGUUACUGCGCGGCGGCCAUGCAGAAGUUGACAAGUCAGAUUCGCCGUACCAGCCGCCGUGGCCAUCAGGCCACCUCCUCACAUCACUCAAACAUCUCAGCUGCCAAUCACCUAGGCCCGACGACUUACGAGGACUAUCUCAGCGAGGCACAGACGUUGUUCCAGUUGAUCACGCCCGACCUGGUGACUCUCGUCGUGCAAUGCGGGUUUUCCGGCGGGGGCGACCUAGACCUCCCCAUCAUCGAACGUCCCCUCCCUAAUUUACUAGAGGCGACAUUCGUAGGGAUGGCGGACCCCCUCUUACUCGUACCGGACACAGACGGGACGACUGCCGCGCCACUAUUCCCUGCGCUGACGCACCUGCACCUCAUUCCCCCUUUCUCAGGUUCGAGCUGGCCCUACGGGAUCUAUCUCCCGUUCUGGUUCACCCACGCCCCCUGUGUCACGCAUCUGGGCGUAUCGUGCGCAGACGACAACCUCACCGCCAUCGCCGGGGCGGUCGGAGUGCGGGUCAAGCGGGACACGCACCAUUAUUCCAUGUGGGCUCUCAGUGACGACCCCUCGGAUCCCAGUGUGCCGUCGGCCUCUAUCAGGGCGCCUGGGAUGCCGGCGUAUCCGAGCGUACGCCACCUCCUAGUGCAGCCUGGCCCGGGGCCCAUAGGUUCUAUGUGCUGCUGUGGGAACGGGUGGGAGGGUUACGACAACAGGAUGGGAGUGCUGAGGGAGAUUGAGCGCAGGUGCGAGGCGGUUGGUGUCGCUGUCGUCGAGGCGAAAACACCUGAAGAUGGACUGUUCAUGCGCCACUACGAGCCGGCUCGCCGCCGGUGGCUGGAGAGGAUGAACGACGGCAGAGAUGAAGCGGGCGGCUGGGCCGGGUCGGGGAAGACAGUGUCGAGGCGGGGCUCUCGGAGCUCGGACUUGGAGGAGACUUCAUCGCCGUCGUCCUCCAAUGCGCUUGAAGCUCCCUCUUGUUGA